CCGUUUGGUUACAAAUUGUUGAUUUUUGUUUUGUAUUAUAUGUUGAAUGUCGGACCCUUCACGUUUCUUGUGUAAGAACAGUAGAAGUACCACAGAAGCGUUAGGGUCCUGUGCCGCUGUAACUGUGUAAGUUCGCUACCAAAAAUCAAACAUGGAAGGAGUCAUAAACAAUUGGAGCGAAAUAUUGCAUACUAUGAUGGUAGAAAACGUAGAAUGACGGAAUGAGGGAAUAAUUCAACAGAACGGCCAUUGCCCAAAUUAGGCCACUGUUAAUCAGGCGUCCGUGUGCUAAAGGACAAGUUUUGUGCAGUAGCGAGUGAACGAAACCAAACCCCCCCCCCCUUUCCCUUAGCAAGAGCUGAGUGGGAAUUUGGGAUUAUUACACGUUCAGGUAAUUAAAACUCUCUGCACAUAUAGGCGGUAAAUUAAUACUAUUUGGUUCCAAUAGGACCUCUUUUGUUUGGACCUUUAAGUCCCACCGUCCAGCACACGGGUCGGCCCACGAAGCCAUCAGGCUUCCGCGCCUAACUCGUCAAGGAGUUUUACCGUCCUUUUCCGGACGGGUCCUCAGGCAGAUCGCCUUAACCGUCAAGGAGGAUUUCCCCUCUCGACUUCCCAAGGUGGCCAUGCCACGGUCGGUCGAUUGCGUCCACGAGGGAAGACGCCUGUGAUCCCCCCCCCCCCAGCAACGCCCGCUGGUCCGUCGGCCGAGUACCGGCCCACAACACCGCUCGCCCCGCCAUCCGGCGAGUUUUCCGGCCGCACAGCUCGACAGGAGUCGCUGUGUCGGCCAUCGAAUCCACCAUCAACUCAGCAGCGGUAUGUACCGGUACCACCAAACAUAGAAUAGGUUACACAUAACAAAUUUACACUAAAUUAUUACACAGAACAACACGCACACGCCACAAUUAGGAACUUUAAUAAAUUAUAUUAAGAAACGUGAAAGUUCCCGUGUUGUUAGUUUUUGUAUUCCGCGAAAAGCCCUUGAUUACCCAGUAGCUAGCCGACCCUGGGAUUACCGGAGAGUCUCUUGUGUCUUGAGUCGGCCCGGCACUGAUAAGUUGUCGAUUAGUUUCACUUGGCACCCAGCCAAAAGUCCGCGAAAGGUAAUCAAGGGACCGAAGUAGCAUACAAAAAUCUAACGAUUUUUGCCGACGGGAGGUGGCAGGGAUACGUGCUUGCACGUAUGUCUCGCCCCUUACGCACUAUCUUAGCUCAAGUGAUAAAACUGUGAUAUUACGAAGCUUUUGCUUCAAAAGAGGUCCUGAACACACAUAGGACACAUUUGCUUUUGAUUGUCGUUUUUCCCGUUCAAAAAUUCGUCGAUGUUGGCAAAUGUUGUUUUUUUCGCGUUUCGAUUUUAUGUUUCAUGUCCAUGUAUCAUAAUUGAACUUUACUUUACCUACUUGUCCAAUCAAUCAUGACAACAAUAGCGCACUAUUUAUUUUAACAUGUUUGUUUUGAUCCGUCCCAUUGUUUUAUGAUUUUAUUUUUACCCAUCCACAACACAUCUCCGAUUCUCAUACAAUGACACGCAAGCGGCGAGCAAAGGCUAAGGCCAAUUAUAAAUUAAUUGAUUGGCAGCCGACGACGUACGAUGCGGACGAGUCGGACUUGGAGGACUCUUUCGAGAUGCCUCGUCCACUGUGCUCGACGCAUCCUAACUACCCGCUAGAGGAGUUAGAGCUGGACCUCGAAGAGACUUUGUCGACCAUUCGGGAGCAAAGAACUUCGGGGGUAAUGAUGCCAGCAGACGUCAUAAAAAUUAAAAGAAUAAUCUAUCUUUUCAUGCGUGACAUGAACAUCGUCACAUGCGAUGUAAAUUCUCGUUAUUUGCCCCCCAGCGCGACUUGCGAAUACAGGGCGCCGGAAUCAGAACCAGAGGAAGAGAUCGAGUUGAUCAUCCCUAGUUCCGAUUCCGAUGAUUUCGAAAUGCCCUUCAGCGAGCCCGAAUCUGAUUCGGAAGACCUGCUUCAGUUAAAAAUGGGAACGAAAAGGAGCCCAGUGUCACGCUACUCUUCCGGUUAUUUCACUCCCGAUUUUGACACCAGUAAGUCGGUGCUUCAAUCUUCUAAAAUUCCUCGAGACUUACCUGGUGAAGCUUUCCAUUCUUCAAAUUCACAAACUUCGAACCCCGAAUCCCUCCGAAAGCAGACCCGAUCGUUCAAGAUCCGGAAAAAGGCCAACCUAAAUCUUCGAGCGGAACCUACGGCCAAAGAACUGUGCAGCGAACCUACUUCGAUUUUGGAAACCUACUCUUCUCUGAACAAUCCCAGUUCCGGACGCACACCUGGAACCUUGCCUGGAACCCACCAGAAAAGAAUUUCAUUCAAUAGAAAAAAGAUAAAACAACUCAGAAUUAAAGUUUUAUAAAUCAUUUAUUUAUCUUUUCUUUUUAAAUUCCACUUUUCGGCAGUUUGCCGGUGAUCCAACGAUGCGCGGGAAUAACGAGUUGUGUCCCCGAUCGUCUGAUGGUGAACACCGCUGAAAGUGGAUCUGGAAAGAAAGAGAAACCAAGAAUGUUAACAAUUUAAUUACA